UCCACACACCUGGCCACUCCACGGACUUCAUUAAGGUGCGCCUGUGGUAAAAGGGCGGGCUGAGGAGUGGGAGUCUGGGCCAUGGAACCCACGGAGACGCUCUGCAGGAAAACGCGGGGCCAGGAAGCUGGAGGCAAGCCCAGGACCGCUGGCUUGGAGUCCGAGGGACCACUGAAGGAUUCUGCCCCACCUACUGAAGAUGACCAAGAUAAGCAGUCUUCAUUGCCCAGGACUGGUUCAGGAAAGAGACCACUGUCAAAGACCCCCAAAGAGUCACCAGGUACUGACACCUGCAGAGUCAGCAACCAUGACAAAGACCUAACACCAGCUGCGUGUAGUCGCCAGCCUGAGGAAGAAGUUUCUUCUCUCCCAGAGAGAAAGGUAAAGACAGCAAAGCCAUCCAUUUCUGCAGUCCUUGGCUUAGCUCCCAGUCUCCUCAAUACAUUGGCCAAGAGCACUCAAGCAGACCAGAAGAAGGAACCCCGAGAAGUGACCUAUCCGUUUCGGAAAAAGACUCGAACCCUGUACCGCUCAGACCAGCUGGAGGAACUGGAACGGAUAUUCCAGGAAGACCACUAUCCGGACAGUGAAAAGCGUCGCGAGAUUGCCCAGAUGGUGGGGGUCACCUCCCAUCGCAUCAUGGUGUGGUUUCAGAACCGCAGGGCAAAGUGGCGGAAAGUGGAGAAGCUGAGCGAGAAGGGGACCGGGGAUGGCCCUGCAGCCCCCGGUGCUGACAGCAGUCAAAGCAGGUCUGCACCUGAGCUCCUGGCUCCUACGCCCGCAGACCUGGACCCUGGCCCUGUUCCUCCAGAGCACAUUUUGGAUGACUUUCCAGAGCUCCCCAUGCUGCUGACUUCCGACCAGACUCUGACCCCCUCUCAGCACAGCGAGGGUGUUCAGAGGGUAGCAGUGACCCCACCACUCUUCAGCCCCCCGCCGCUUCGAAGGACCAACCUUCCUCUUCCUGUUGAUCCUGUCCAAACCCCUCAAGUGAUGCCUCCACUGAGGGAUGUCCCUGGAAGUGACGGCAUACACAAGGACAGCUCCUGUGGGUCUUGGGGCACCAGCAUCACCUCACCACCCACCUGCUCAAGUCUGGAAGACCUGGGGCCUCAGGAUUACCCUGCAAGCAGCCAGUUGGGUUCAUUCCAGUUCUCCCAGACUCCACAGACUCGUCUCUUCCCACCCUUUCUGUCUCAGUUUCCUUACCCGCCCCCCUUCCCGUUCCCCAUCCCAAGCUUUCUACCACCGCAAGAGUCCCUCUUUUCCUUUCCUUUUGGCUUCAGUGGGGACUCGUCGCAGGAUUAUUGCCCAGGGCCCCCACCAGGUCAGAUCUUGCUACAGCCACAUGUUGGAAAUAUGGGUCCAGGACCCUGGGGUGGCCAUUGUUUGCCAGAACCCCCCUUCCCAGGUCCACUCUGCCCGCAGACUCUGGGGCAACCCCUGGGGAUAGAGGGCUACUUUCCAGACCUGCUUCCAGCUCCGUGUGCUGAGACCAUGAGCAAACAGCCUUCGUUUGGAUUCAAUGGGCUUCCUAAAGGCCCUAGACCAGAGACAGUGUCCUCACUAAGCAAAAUGCCAGGGGAGCAGAUUGCCUCUUCCCUUGAGCAGCCCUUUCCAGAGGAGGUAAAAGACAAAACGAAGAAUAGCCAUGCCUCUGCGACUAAAGAGUGAAGAGGUCUUGUGAGGGGGGCUGUGGGGAAGAACAGCAUUGAGGCACUCUUGCAAAGAGAACAGGAUUGAAAGAUUUUGAAAGGCUGUGGACUUGGCCCCAGGUCUUCCCAAGCCAGGCUUUAAGAAGGAAGAGAGCCGAUAUCAUUUUUCCCUUUACCCAUUAGGAGUUCUGAAGAGAAUCGGGCCAUGCUGCUUGUAAAUGUUACAUCAGUUUCUGUGGUUUUAGUUCCUCCCUAGACAUUUGAGUUGGUGUCCUUUGUAUGCAAUAAAACAGUAACUACUGGGUGUUUUUCUGUGAA